AUUUAAUUAUUAUAAAUAUUUGUCUGCGAGGGACUAAAGCCACACAGAAACUGUCACUAGAUUGAUUGAAGAUUUUGCAUGAAGCGCAUUGUGUGGGUUUGGUCUUUUUGCAUUCGUGUCGAUGUAAAAAAAUUUUCUUUUUUCUUUUUUUUCUAAUAGUGGUGCUUUGUGCUGACUGCCACAAGAGGGCCCACAAUACUGAGGAUUUACUGUGAAGCAGGCGGCACGGUGGACGACUGGUUCGAGCGUCUGCCUCCACUGUGUGGAGUUUGCAUUUUUCUGCCCGUGCCUGCGUGGGUUUUCUCCGGGCACUCCGGUUUUUUCCUCCCGCAUCCCAAAAACAUGCAUGCUAGGUUAAUUGACAAUAGAUACCGUUGGUAUCUAUUCUGUGUGACAAUUCCACCUGCACGAUAUCCAUUGAAAACAGCAACAACAGGGUUAUAUCAUUCAUGAUUCUUGAAUUAAUUGUAUAAGUAGCCUGCAGCGAUAGAGAGAUGCAGAGUAUUCGUCUGGUAAAAGUAGCAGGUCAUAUCAAGUCAAAGGACCCACGUCCAAGUGAAGUCACAAGUCACUACUGUUCAAGUCCAAGUCGAGUUACAAGUCUUGUAACAUUUUGUCAAGUCAAAUUCAUGACGCGAGUCCCAGUCAUGUGAUUCCAGUCCACACCUCUGCCAGUAACAUUUGUCAACCAUGUGGUUAGAGCGUCUGCCUCACAGUUCUGAGGACCGGGGUUCAAUCCCUGGCCCCGCAUGUGUGGAGUUUGCAUGUUCUCCCCGUGCCGGCGUGGGUUUUCUCCGGGCACUCCGGUUUUUUCCUCCCACAUUCCAAAAACAUGGAUGGUAGGUUAAUUGACGACUCUAAAUUGCCCGUAGGUGUGAAUGUGAGUGUGGAUGGCGGUUUGUUUGUAUGUGCCCUGCGAUUGGCUGGCAGCCAGUUCAGGGUGUACCCCGCCUCUUGCCCGAAGAUAGCUGGGAUAGGCUCCAGCACUCCCGCGACCCUUGUGAGGAUAAGCAGCUCAGAAAAUGGAUGGAUGGAUGAUAAAGGAGUUUAUAUUAACCCUUUAAGGUCUGCAAGAUUUUAGUACCCCGAAUUACCACCGGGCUACAUUACGAUGUGAAAUUUUGGUACAGAUUUUGGGAAGAAUCAUGGAAGCUGGCGAAAAUGAUUUGCUUUCGCCGGCUACAUAAAAUGAUGUGGCGGGCCGGAUGUGGCCCCCGGGCUGCGAGUUUGACAUGGCUGCUAUUUGGUUUUAUUAUAUCCACUUGAUACUCUUUUCAUCUGGUGUUACUUGAGGUGGUGGUGGAGGUGUUACUUCAGGAUUAAAAUACUUUGUCCCCCGUUUGGGAUGGUUUCUUUUUUGUUGAGAAGAAAGAUACCACUCUCUCCCCCUGCAUUGAUUUCUGAGGCCUCAGCAACAUCAUUAUAAAAAACAAAGCUCCACUGCCCCUUAUUGACCCCUCCUUUGAACCCCUCUGCGAUGCCCAGACAUUCCCGAAAUUGGAUUUACGCAACGCAUUCCAUCUCAUCCGCAUCAGAGAAGGGGACGAAUGGAAAAUGGUUUUCAAUACUCCCCUUAGACACUUCCAGUACCUGGUCAUGCCGUUUGGAUUAACCAACACCCCUGCUGUUUUUCAAACUUUCAUCAAUGACGUCCUCGGCGACAAGCUGAAUCGGUUCGUUUUCGUCUAUCUUGAGGACAUACUCAUCUUCUCCCGCUCGGCCGAAGAACAUCGCCAGCAUGUCCUCCAAUGCCUUCUUGACAACCGUCUUUUCGUGAAACCUGAAAAAUGCGAAUUCCACCUCUUCCGUUCACUUUUUGGGCUACAUCAUCGCCAAAGGACAGUUACAACCAGACCCAGCAUACAUCCAAGCAGUCAACUGGCCCAUUCCCUCCACCCGCAAGAAGCUUCAACAUUUCCUGGGUUUGCCAACUUCAGUCGUUUCAUCCGUGACUACAGCAAGGUUGCCGUACCUCUCACCUUUCCAUUGGACCCCUGUCGCAUCGCAAGCAUUGAAACGCCUCAAAGAACUAUUCACCAGUGCUCCCAUCCUCCAACACCCUGACACUUCCCUUCAGUUCGUGUUGGAGGUUGACACCUCUGACACGGUGGUAAGGCUUCACAUCAACCCCCAGCUGGUCUGAUGCGGCCCUUACCCAUUCCGAGCCGCCCUUGGUCGCACAUCUCCCUGGACUUCGUCACCAGCCUACCUCCAUCUAAAGGUAACAGUCAUCCUCACCGUUAUUGACCGGUUGUAUGUUCACAAUGUAUGUUCUCUUCCCAAAUUGCACUCUGCUUUUGAGACUGCUAACCUUCUUGUCCUCCACGUGUUCAGACUUCUGUCAUGGUCUGUGUUUUGGUUUGGGUUGUGUUUAGUUUUGUUCCAUGUUUUCCUGUGUUCCAUAUUUGUCGUGUGCUCAUUUGGUUGUUGUGUCCACCGGUUCUCGUCAACCUUCUACCUUGUAUCGACCAAUCAGCUCUCUCCAGCCACUCGUGUCUUGUCCAGGUGUUGUCUCGUUAUCUCGUCAAUCUAUUUGUAUUUAGUUCCCUGGUUUCUUUCAGUUCUUGUCAGUUCAUUGUCGUUGUCAAGUCUCUUUGCAGUAUGUCAUUGUCAGGUGUCAUUGUCACUGUCUGUGUCAUGUCAUAGUGUCGUUCAGUUAUUUCACCAGUCGUCUUGUUUCUUGUUUUGGGUUUACUCAAGUGUUUCUUUGUUACUUUGUGUUUAGAUUUUGGACUUUGUUAAUUUAGCAUUAAGACUUUUCCAUGAUCCUUGUUUUCCUUUGGAAUUAUAUCAAAUUUUUUAUAUACUGCUGCACUACUGCGUUGCCUCCCUGCUUCCCUGCCUCCAUGUUUUUGCCUUGCCUUCCUCGCCUUCGACCACCCCAAAUGUGACAGAAUGAACCGACCAGAACAGCACCCAGUGGGAAGAACAUGACGUCACCCUGGACACCACCAGACUGCCUCCCACCACCUGACAACCAUACCUACCCUCCUCCAGGUGAGGAAUCGACUGCAGACCCCGUUCCUGCUCCUCGGCAGCUGCGGAAGGCUCCCGUUCCUGCUCCUCAGGAGCCCCACCAGGCUCCCCUUCCGGCUCCUCGGCAGCCGCGCCAGGCUCCCCUUUCGGCUCAUCGGCAGCUGCGCCAGGCUCCCCUUCCGGGUCCUCAGCUGCCGCGCCAGGCUCCGGUUCCGCCACCCGACCCUGCUCCGGCGGGGCUCAUCCAGCGGCUGCCACCCAUCCCGGCUCCGGCGGCGCUUGACCAGCGGCCGUCUCCCGACCUCGCUCCGGCGGCACUCGUCCAGUGGCCGUCUCCCGACCUCCCUCCGGCGGCGCUCGUCCAGCGGCCGUCUCCCGACCCCGCUCCGGCGGCGCUCGUCCAGCAGCCGCCACCCGUCCCCACUCCGGCGGCCCUCGUCCAGCGGCCUCCACCCGAAAACUAUUCCCUGGCCCCUGCAUUACCAUUGGGUUCGGCACUGUGGCCGUCCGCCUGAAUGGCCCUGUAAAGACCCUGGUGCUUGGCGUCCUGGACGACCUCCUGAACUGCUCAGCCAAGCACCUCACCUCGGGUGGCCUGGAGGUUCACCAGACUGACCUGAGGGGUGGACUCUGAACCUUCCUCCAGGCCCGCUUCCACCCACCCUGGGUUGGUGCCUGGCCCCUGCAUUACCGUUGGGUUCGGCACCGUGGCUGUCCGCCUGAAUGGCUCUGUAAAGACCCUGGUGUUUGGGGUCCUGGACGACCUCCUGAACAGCUUAGCCAAGCACCUCACCUCGGGUGCCCUGGACGGCCACCAGACUGACCUGAGGGGUGGACUCUGAUUAUCUAGAGUAAUUUAAUCGCCAGGACUUACUGAAAUUGCGAUCAUCUAGGGAUUUUGACUACAACAGUUGCUGCCAAGCUAACUAAGUUUAACUUACUAACUAACUUAUUACCUUUAAACAACAAAGAAAGGCAGCGUGCGCUCGAGCCAUCUCAUUUUACAGGUCACUCUGAGGUUUACAAGUCGUAUCCCCACAACCUCAACACUGAGUACUAUAUAGUUCAUACAAAUAAGAAGAUGCUACUCAUAGAAUUACGUGCACAUGUUUGGCUGAUGCCAUUGUGCGGGCCAAUGUCAUGCUGACUUCAAAUUUAUCCUGCGGGCCGGACGAAAUUGCUGCGUAGGCCGAAAGUGGCCUGCUGGCCGGGAGCUUGAGUUUAAUUUUAUGUUUACAUUUGUUUACUUUGGGAAAGUUUAGGUGUUGGCUUGUACUCAUUUAGAGUUUGUAAAGAAUAAUAUUAUUUCACUUGUUUCUAAUUUCUGUGAGGAACCCCAGGAAGAAUAGUCUCCACUGUGGUGAAAACUAAUGGGGAUCCAUUUUAAACAAUAAACAAUAAACCGUAACUACUGUCUAGUGAUGGGAAUUCCGGCUCUUUUUAGAGAACCGGCUCUUUUGGCUCGGCUCACUUAAAAGAGCCGGCUGUUUUGGCUCCCUAGCGGCUCCUCGGAUUUUGUCGUUGCUUAAAUUA